CCCCGCCUCCCGAAGCAGUUCCGGUUCGGCUGGCCGCUGCUGGCGGCACGGCUCCGAAGGGGCCGGAGCGAUGCCCGCUGGUAGCCGAGCCGGCUCCCGCCUGCGCUCCGGCUCCCUGCCCCGGCCUUCGCGUCUGCCUCUCGAGGCGUUGCGCCCCGCCUACGCGCCGAGGACCCCCGACUCCGACGGCGCCUUAGACACCGGCUCCGAGCUGGGUCCCGGCAGCCCGGCUCCCACCGCGGAGGAAGUGGAGAAAGAAAUGGCAGGUCCUAGUCAACUCUGCAUUCGCCGCUGGACUACCAAGCAUGUGGCUGUGUGGCUGAAGGACGAAGGUUUCUUUGAGUAUGUGGACAUUUUAUGCAACAAGCACCGCCUUGAUGGAAUCACGUUGCUCACGCUGACUGAAUAUGAUCUCCGUUCUCCUCCUCUGGAAAUCAAAGUCCUAGGAGACAUUAAACGGUUAAUGCUCUCAGUCCGAAAAUUGCAGAAAAUACAUAUUGAUGUUUUGGAAGAGAUGGGCUACAACAGUGACAGUCCUAUGAGUCCCAUGACUCCAUUCCUUAGUGCUCUUCAGAGUGCAGACUGGCUCUGUAACGGAGAGCCCACUCACAGCUGUGAUGGGCCCAUCCCUGACUUGAGUUCUGAUCAGUACCAGUACAUGAAUGGCAAAAACAAACAUUCUGCUCGAAGACUGGACCCAGAGUACUGGAAGACCAUCCUGAGUUGUGUAUAUGUCUUUAUAGUAUUUGGGUUUACGUCUUUCAUUAUGGUUAUCGUUCAUGAGCGAGUGCCUGACAUGCAGACCUACCCACCACUCCCAGAUAUAUUCCUGGACAGUGUUCCUAGGAUCCCGUGGGCCUUCUCCAUGACUGAAGUGUGUGGCGUGAUUCUGUGCUACAUUUGGAUCCUGGUUCUCCUUCUUCACAAGCACAGGUCGAUCCUUCUGCGAAGGCUCUGUAGUCUGAUGGGCACUGUAUUCUUGCUUCGCUGCUUUACCAUGUUUGUGACCUCCCUCUCCGUGCCAGGACAGCACCUGCAGUGUACUGGAAAGAUAUAUGGAAGUGUGUGGGAGAAACUACGACGGGCAUUUGCCAUCUGGAGCGGCUUUGGAAUGACUCUGACUGGCGUCCACACUUGUGGAGACUACAUGUUCAGUGGCCACACAGUUGUUCUAACCAUGCUGAAUUUCUUUGUCACAGAGUAUACACCAAGAAGCUGGAAUUUCUUGCACACUCUAUCCUGGGUUCUCAACCUCUUUGGAAUCUUCUUCAUCUUGGCUGCCCAUGAACACUAUUCCAUUGACGUGUUUAUUGCCUUUUAUAUCACAACAAGACUCUUUCUGUACUACCACACUCUGGCUAACACCAGGGCGUACCAUCAGAGUAGGAGGGCGAGGAUUUGGUUUCCUAUGUUUUCUUUCUUUGAAUGCAAUGUUAAUGGCACAGUACCUAAUGAAUAUUGUUGGCCAUUUUCUAAACCAGCAAUAAUGAAAAGACUAAUUGGAUGAAGACUCUCUCUCUGUAAUGAGUUUGUUGUUAAAUAUACAGUAGUUAUGGAAUGAAAAUGAAUACUUUGUCCCAGGCUCCUGGAUACGUUGCAUUUGGCUUCUGUGUUGACAGGUUUCCCGUUCUGAGAAAGGCCGUGACUGUAAAACUCAAGAAAGAACACACAAGACUCCUUAUCUAGCUGUUUGAAUGGAGAGGUCAUGGGAAGAGUUUCCGCCCCUCACUGUAGGAAGACCCAGCGGGGUGAUGUCAGGCCGUUCGUUACCUGUGCAUGCUGAGUGUUUGCUUACCGAACUCAAGCACAUCAGCUUGGGCUGGCUGAAGCAUUUUUACUGAUUCCCAGUAGGACUCAAGUCAAGAGUAUUUCUGCAGCUGGCUUUCCUUACCUAGUGAGCCGUUCUCGUGUGUUCAUUGAACUACUCUGAAUGUCUGCAAAGUGAGUGUCUUGCUGGUGAAUAUGUUUUACCUUUUGAGCCAUUUUAAAGAAAAACACAUUGAACGCAGCAGCUUUUGUGAAACAAAAGAAUGCAAGGGGCAACGUGUGAGGUGACACGCUGAUCAGGUGUCGCUGGCCUCCCCACGAAUGCAGGUACGGGGUCAGCAUUUCAGAACAGGUGCAGCAUCAGUUGCUGGUCCUUAUCUGUUCGGAAGCUUCCGUGUGAGCACAGAAAGGAUUCCUGAGGGAAGUGGCUGUGUUCCCAGUAGUAAAGUGGUGUUCCUGUAGUGCUGUAAGUCCUGGACUAAAUACUUGUUGUAACUGUUAGUUAGGCAGAUGACAACCCAAUAUACUGCUUUUUAAUAAUGUGACUUAAGUGAACACAUGAGUGUUUUACCAGAUGUUAGAGUUCUUAUGUCAGUGAGUGAGUAAAUGUGCAUGCAGAGAAUUCUUUUCUUCUGGAAAAAACCAAAACAGAACAGAACAAGCUGUGGGCACAGUGCUAAUUCUCCGGGUGGGGGUAGGGUAGGGGGGGUCCUCUUUUUGUUGUUUUUUUUUUUCCUGAAAGUUCUCAUUUCUGACCAUGGAAAGUACACAGUCUGAGACAUGCGUGGAUAGAAAAAGGCUUCUUACUUUUUAUUUAAAAAAAAUUAUAUACAUAUGUUCUUUCUAGAGUCUUAAUUUGGCAGUUAAGAACUAAAUACUUUAGCUUCAGUAAUUACUGCCACCUCUCCGAUACCAUUUGUCACUUUAUUUUCUAUUGGUUGUACAUAACAGUUUUAACCUGGUUGUAGAAUUGGAAUACUAAUUGUAUAGUCUUUACGUUUCAUUUUCAAACAAGGACUCAAGAGCUGCAGGCAGGUGCGCUGCAGUCACCCGCAGGCCACAGCCGGUGUUUACUCCUCUGUCUCGGCGGCGGAAUGGUCAUUUUUGCAGUUGGAGUCAUAGUUCCACCUCUCGGAAGCCACUGAGUGGAUUAGGCAGGAAGGGGGUUUGUCUAGUAGACAAACGGGCCUCCCCCGUGCUGAGAAGCCCUGCUCUGAGGAGGCUGGAGACAGCGCUCAUUUCUCACCUGAGAGGUGAUGUAAAGCAAUCAAGUUCAAUUAUGUUUUUAAAUCUUGUACUUCAAAAUCCUUGCAGUAUUUAAAUUAUUGAUUCUAUUACAAGCCAGGAUCAAAAACGCCAAUAUCUUAUCUAAAGAAACUUCAUAAUCCUGGAGAAAAGGUUUGCCAUGCUUGUUUGAGUAAUUUGACUUAGGGCCAAGGGAUAUACUGCCACCCCUCUUUUUAUUCCCCCGCCCCCCCCACAGAGCAGGAUCCAGUUUACCUGGGGGGAGGGGGAGAGACAGUGUUGGCUUUUGGGAAAAUGUUCCAAAAAUGUGUUUCUACAUUAGUUUUAAGAUGCUAACUAUAUUAAAUAUCUUAACAUCAGGCUUCUCUCCUCCAUAUGGGUUCUAUCAUAGAACACAAUAGGAGACAGGUGCAGCUGGCGUUGCCCUUGCCGAGCUAAUGAUGGUGAGAGUGCCUGACAGCAGCCUGCUGUACGGAUUGAGUGGCCUUGGGUCACUCCUGUUUGUUUGGAGGAAACAGAUAAGCUGGAUGUAUAACCUAGUAGCUACUAUAAGACAGUGUUUACAGAGCUAAUCCUCUUCAAGUCUCAAAACUGAGAGAAACAUUAGUUUUCAGGUUUUGUCCUCACAUCUUUUUUCUUAUUAAAACCUAACCAUAAUGAAGAUAGAAUUUCUGUUUACAUUUUGGGCAUGAUGUGGCUGCGUGCAGAGGCUCCACGCUUUUGAACCCUGUAUUUGAUUCUGCAGUCGUGUGAGACUUUUAUCCUUGACAGCUUAGUACGGAAGCAAGGAGAGGUUUUGAGUUGUUGGGGAUGCAAAGGAAGGAUUGCCUACAUCCUAAUCCCAGCGUCGCUGCCCUCCCUGUUCUGCGAAGCCCAGGGCUGUGUGUGCAAGGCACAGUGCAAACAGGAUCUUACUGAAAGGUAGAUCUGGGCGGAAAGGAACGAGCUCGUAUGGAGCAUAAGCUUGCUCUCACCACCACAUAGUUUUGGCAGAAACCUUUGUGUUACACUUCCCAACGAGGCCAGAGUUGCUGUGGCAAAAAUACCUUUCUAAAGCAAUGGGCUUCAUCUUAGAACCAGUCAAUUUAAAUAAUAUGGACUGUAACCAAGAAAACCCACUUCCAAUAGCGUAACAUUGACACUGUAAGUGGUGACCAGCCCCAUUCUACCUGUAGCCUGUUAGGACUGAGAAUUCCAAAACUCUGUAAGUUAUAAGUGGGGAACAGGGGUGCUGGAUCCUUCUAUAGCAGAGAGCAAGUAGUCUUUCAGGAACAUUUGUGCAAAAGUGUUUGGUUGUUUGUUUGGGGGAGGGGGGUUCUUUUUGUUUUGUUUUGUUUUUUCAGAGGCAGGGUUUCUCUUAAUUCAGGGAUCACCUGUCUUUGCCUCCCAUGCUGGGAUUAAAGGUGUACACCACCACACACACCUUUUUGUAAAACUUAAUUCAUAUAAAUUCAGAUUCGUGGCAAAAAUGUAUCUUCUUUAUAUUCAGCAAAAAGAAAAUUUAUAAUUGAAAGAUUCUAGAUCCAAAAUGCUUAACAAUGUUUACAAUAUUCUUGACUUAAACUCUCUGAUUUAGUACACUCAAUUAUUUGGUGGUCUUAUGGAUUGAAGUCCCAUAGCAAAAGCAAACAGUAUAGUCGCCCUCUCAGCUGACAGACUUAGGAGACAAGAACAAUCUUUAGAAUAGUUCACUUGCUUUCCUUCAGACAGCGUGAAAGGCACCAAAGCAUGUCAGGAGGUGUUGUUAUUGUUGUUUUUUGUUUUUGAUUUUUGGUCUUUUUUUUUUGGUUUGGUUUGGUUUUUUUGUUAUUGUUGUUGGUUGUGGGUUUUGUUUUUGUUUUCAUUUUAAACAAGCUUAUAAAAACAAGAUGCUUGACUUGAAGGGAAAACUAAGAUCAUUUUGUUCAAGAGUAAUUUAUUCCCUAAAGACACGUAACAGCUAUGUACAGGUUAUAAAGAUUGUCCUUGAAGCCGGGUGUGGUGGAGCACACCUUUAAUCCCAGCACUAGGUAGGCAGAGGCAGGAGGAUUUCUGAGUUCGA